CAACGCUGGCAAUACUGCGUACCUGAAAUAAUUAAAAUGUUCUCGUAUAAAGAAGAAAAUAUGUUAACAAUUUUUCAACAAUAAAUAAUUGUCUUAUACUAAAGCAGAAGCGGAAAAAACACAUGCAAAUGUAAACGAAAUGUCUGAAGAUGAAGAAAUGCCUCAAGCUCACCACUUUACGGUGAAGGGAACUGCAUCUCUAUGGCGGCAUCGUAAAAAAGAACAGCCACAACAAGCCGAAGAAUCCUUGAAAAAUGAAUACGAUGGCGUGUUUGGUGAACAUAUGGAAAACUACAGUGUAGAAGCGACGGCUUUGCAUCGGAAAUUGCAAAGUAAAAUGGAAGCUUUGCGUAUAUUGCGUAAAGAAUUGGAGAAAUUUCGUACUGAACGUGAUCAAUUUAAACUAAUGGCAGAAACUCUACAGCUGCGUUACACAGCCUUGCGACGUAGUAGUUUGUCCGAUUUCUCUGGUAGUCUUGCUAGCGAAGAUGGCAGCGGAAUGACAACUAGUGUGAACAGCAAAUCGAGUGUAGCUAAAAUACUACAUGAAACCAGAGAGCGCAACAUUAAAUUGACCACUGAAGUGGAAUCUUUAAAGCAAAAACUUACAGAAGUGCAAGGUGAUAUUGAAGUUUUAAGAGCUAAUAAAAACUCCAAAGACUCGGAAAUCAAAGAGACAUUACCCGAAAACGAGAAGUUUAACAAAGAAUUGCAAUGUAAAUGGAAGGAAGAGCGUUCAAAUUUUAUAAAUCACUUAGAACAAUUGAAGAAGAAGAAUGCUCAGCUGGCUUUUGAUUUCAAGGCCUUAAUAGAUGAGAAGGAGGAGCUUACGAAUGAGCGCGACGCUUACAAAUGCAAAGCACAUCGUUUAAAUCAUGAGCUGUUAAUAGCUCUGGAAGCUAAAGACAUACAUCCAAAGUUCCUGGAUAUUGAUAGCAUUAUAUUAGAGAAUAAGUACCUGCAUGAACGUCUCAAAAACACUGAGAAUGAAAUAGAACUAACUAAGCAAUCGGUAAAUAAAUAUAAGUCUUUAUUGGAAAGUAAACGUAAAAAGGGUAUUAUGAAAAUGGGUAAUGUGUCCAAUAAUGAUGGGAAAUUUUUAUCACAUAAACAAGUUAAGAACCUACUGGAAAAUGGCAUCGAUUUGCCGACAAAAACCGAAACUAUACAGGACUUGAAAGUAUUGUGUAUGACGUUACUGGAUAAUCUUAAUGAUAAGAAUCUGGCUUUAAGCCAUCAAAAGAAAACUAAUCGAAUUUUGGCUACAAAAAUUGCUGAAUUGGAGCAACGUUUUGAGAAUCUUACUGGGUUGGGAGGCUCCUCAACUGAAGGAGGAUUUUCAGCGGCAAUGUACCUUUUGCACGGCUAUUGUCCUUCGAUGGUGGAUUCUAGUACAUCAAACGAAGAUGAUUUCAAAGCUCUAACGCAUCAGAAAGAUAAUAAAUGCUCGCCUAAACUUAACGGUGCACUUAAAAAUCAUUGCAAAAAUCAGAUAAAUGGAGAAUCGGCAGCUGUGUUCUCUGGACCGGAUGAAUCAUUAAAAACUGUGCACGCCUACCAAUCAGAUGAUGGCAUGUCAUUUCUAUCUACCGAAUCCGGACGUAGUAUAUUAUCUUCAGAAUAUGAUAUUGUUAAUGAUCAGGCCAAUGAAUCAGAAUUGAGCAAAUUAACUAACGCCACCCAUUUUACUUAUAAAACACCAUCCAGUGCCUCGGAUUCAGGUGGAAAAUUAACAGCUUCCACUAUGGUGUCGAAUUCUAUAGUCAAACAACGUAACGAUGAUUUGAAGGACUUACCGCCAGAAUUAGCUGCUUUAGUUCAAAAAGCUUUAUACGAAUUAGAUUUACGCGAUUUCGACGAAGUAGUUGAUUUGUGUGAAGAUAUAGAUCCGGAAGCUUGUGAAGAAAUCAAAACGGAAGAUAAUUUUGUGGUUAACAACGCAGAAAAAACUUUUAGUGAAACCACAGCUGAAACGCCAGGAGCGACAUUUAAUCUCAUACCAGCUAAUUAAUUGGUAUUUGACUUUUCCCCUUCGUCCAAUAUUCUUAACCGUAAAACAAACCCAAAAAAAAGUCCAUAUCAAAUGUAACUUAAUUUUA